UUGUUUUCAACGCUUAACGCUGAUUUAAAAUUUUGAUCUUAUAACACUAGCAUGUACAGAUCGAAAUAACAAAAUGGAUACCCGUUUGAAUUUAUUAUAAUUUUUAUAAUUUGUGGAAAUCAUUGAUAAGCGAUUCUCAGAAAUCCUUAGGGACAUGGGGUCUAAUGAAUCGAAAAGUUCACAAAGUGUAACAGAGAACACACCCAAUAAUAUCGCUCAGCCAGUAGAAAGCACUAGCGGAACUGCUCCAAGAGAGACAGAUGCUAGGCAAAUCAAUGAAAGUAUUCGUCAGAAUAAAACUGUCAAAGGCAAAAUAUCAAAUGACGCUAAUAAACCCAAAGCCAAUGGAAAACCAAAACUCCCAACGCAUGUCGAGACAAAUGAAGAUGAAAGUUUACCAGAGACGGCCAACAAAAAUGACGGUGAUGAAAAAACUGUAUCAAGCUAUGCAGCAAAGAUAGAUGAAAGACCAGGGGCAUGGAAGAAAUCUUUGAAGAAAGGGGAAAUUCCAGAACCAAUUCCACAGAAGCAGACAAAGCAGGUGUUUCUCCGUGGUAUCAACUUUGAUGUUGUUGAUCGACACGCGCUAACGGCACCCAAGUCUUUGUUAGAAGGUACAUUCUGGGAACUUGUCCAGUAUUUAACAGGUGAUGACGUGUUUGACGACUUGGUUCGGGUGAGGGCGAUCUAUAGAUGGAUAACAUCCUAUGAUGUACAGAAUAUGGAAAUAGCUACCACACCAGUACCCGAUACACCGCUAGAAUACUUCAGUAAAAUCCAAUGUGAUAUGGGAAACCUUGCAAAUCUUUUCUAUAUCUUAUGCACAAUGGCAGAAGUUCCUUGUAAAGUUAUCGAUGGAAUAACAAAGAAUGAAGAUUACGAUCUUGGAGAACCAGAAACUCCAGAAUUGAAAGCACAAUGGAAUGCUGUUUUUGUCCAAAACGAAUGGCGUCUUGUUGAUAUUUUCUGGGCUAAAUGGUGUGUAAAACUAAACUCUGGUGAAGAUGACGAAUCACUUAGCACAAGGUCUAUACAAAGAGUAGGUCAUGAUGAUGAUGCUGACGAAGAAUAUUUCUUCACAAAUGCAGAAGACCUUAUAUGGACACAUUAUCCAGACGAAGACAAAUGGCAGUUACUAAAGGACAAUAUGUCAAAAGUGGAUUUUUUCAAAAGAUUAUACGUCCGAGAAAGAUCCAGAGAAAUGGGAGUAACAUAUCCACAAAAUAAUAUAUUGAUAAAAGUAGUUGAAGGACAAGCUGAAUUUAAACUUCAUUUUCCACAAUUAAGAGGACAAAACUAUCAUUUUAAGCACAACUUUAUUAGAACAAUUCCUGAGGGUGACACAACCAGGAAACUUGAUAAAAUUCUCCAUCAUUUCAUUAUGUUUGAACGACAUGAUGAAAGUAUUCACUUUAUGUUUAAUAUUCCGGUUCUUGGCAAGUUUCGUGUCAAUGUAUUUGCAUGCGACCCUGGGACUGAAGGUUUAGAAAAGUUUGAUUUAAUAUGUUCAUUUGUAGUUUUAUCCUCGCAGUUAGCAAAGGAAUGUCUACCUUUACCUGACUAUCCUAAACUAGGCUGGGGACCGAACAAAGUAUCAAGACGAUUAGGAUUAGUUCCAAUAACACAUGAGGAAUCAAGUAUUUACACAGCAACAGGAAUACUAGAUAUUGAGAUCGAAGGAAGGCAAGAACUUAGAUUAGAAAUGAAAUUACUCAAUCCGUUUGUGGACAGUGCCAACAUGUCAAAAUACGCUAUGCUCUAUUGGAACCAAGGAAAAUAUAUUGUUCGAACAAGAUUGCCACACCAGGGAAUCUACGGACUAAAGUUCUUUACAAGAAACACAGAGUCAAUGGAACAAGAGAAUGUUCUUAACUAUCUAAUACAUUGCUCUAUGAAAAAAGGAGAGGUACAGUGCCUUCCGAAUAUCGCCCAAGAUAAUCUUGGUCCACAUUCUACCAUCGAACGUUUAGGAAUUGCAGCAAAUAUGCAUGAAAAUGGCUACAUCAUAGCAAAAGAUGGACACACACAUAUAGAUUUUAUGACAAAGUCAGAUGUUGAUUUAGUAGGCGAGCUUCAUUCAAAUGAUCCGUCAGCCGUUCCACGAAUGAGAGUGAAUCAAUAUAGAAAGAAUCAAAAACAAGCAUUCGCCAUUGAUGUUCCAGUGCGCGGAGAAUACGCAUUUAAUGUCUAUGCAAUUAAGAAAGAUGAACCAGAAAAAUUAAACAAUGCGUAUGCCUUCCUUAUAAAUUCCCAUGGUCGACACAUAGAAGUUGGAACAUUAAACAACAAAACAUUGGAAAACAGCAAAAACUUCUGGAAGCAUACAAAAGAAGUUAAAGCAGAAUCAAUAGUUACGACAGAUACUGAAAUAUCUAUCCCUGUACCAAGAGGUAUCGAUAUACUCACAGCCUUUCUCCAGAAAGCUGACCGGUCUGAACCUCAGAAUUCUCAAUCUAUACAAAGAUAUACAGAGAAAGGCAUUGAUAUUUAUAAGGUGACCUUAGAAGACCUUGGUGAUUACAUCUUUAAUAUUUUUCAACAGGAGAAUAAGUUUCUACGUUUAGUCAGCAGAUAUAUCAUCACACGGAAUGACAAAGAGGAAGAGUUAGAAGAAGACGCUAAAGAAGUCUUGCAAAUUAUAAAAGAAGAAAGAGAAAAUGCCGGAACAGACGUUUCGGAUCUGGAACGUCAUAUAAAUGAUAGUCGUCUCAAAAACUUUGUUGAUGUUGAUAAGAGGAUAGAAGCAGCCCAGAUGUUAACGGAAGCUUUAAAAUCAAACGAUCCGCAAUUAAUACGACAGGCUUUAUCUGAGUACCAAUACAACAAACCUGAAAAGGAUGACGAUCUGUUGAGAAAUAGUAAGAAAAAGAUCAGAAAGCUGGAAGCAAAGUAUGAUUUACUUAGAGCUUUUAAAGCAAGAGAGUUGACCAAUCUUGACCGAGCCAUAGUAGUGGCAUCAGCUAUUAAUGAAGAUAGAUCAUUCGACCAACAGCUGAUACAUGCAAAACGACUAAGAGAUAGACUAGCUGCAAUGCGAACUAUGCAAGACAUGGCCAGAAAUACAGACAAUAGGGUAGUUGGUGAAAUAAGACAGUAUAACACGCCACCUAACGGUGUCCACCAGACUAUCAUGGCUGCUUUGAUGUUGAUGGGAUAUGAUCCUUCUGAAGUGAAGACAUGGAAAAAUUGUCAAAAGAUAUUAGGGCUACAUGGUGAAAAGUCUUUCUUGACACAAAUGUCAAAGUUUGACCCUAAAGAUGUCAACUUAACUCUUGCGGUGGAAGCCAAAAAAGUAAUAGAACCAUAUACAGCCGAACAGAUACAUUCCGAAAGUCAUGAAGCGGCUUCUGUGUUUAUUUGGGCUGAAAAUAUGAUAAAAGAAAUAGAAUCAAACGCCGGAACUCUGGGUGUUGAUAAAAUGGUCCCUGAACACAAUCGGGCUAAAACUGAAAUAGAAAAACCAGUAAAAAUUGUUCCACAAGCGGAAUCUCCAGCUCCAUCAAAAAGCAAAAAAGAAAAACCGACACUUGUUACACUUGAUUCAUUAUUUAUGGAAUCUCCUGUUCCGCCACAAUCUCAAACAAAGGUUAAGGACCAGAAAAAACAGGCUGCAAAGAAUCAACAGCAGCCACCUCAAAAACGGCCAUCAGAAUCGGACAACAAACUAAACGGUAAAAGAACAAAUCCAAAGGUUAACACGAAGGCAAAUGAAACUAUUCAAAGCACAGAUUCCAAACAGAAAAAUAAAAGCCAAGACAAAAACAAUAAUACUGCUAAACCAGUACCGAAAAAGGCAAAUAACCAGGUUGAAGUUGCUAAAAAUAACAAGAAACCAACAGAGGUUACACAAAAAGAUAAGAGUGUACAAGGUGCAAAAGUCCUUGAAAAGGUACCGGUAGAAGAAGUGAUACAGGAUAAAGAUGUUAAGAAACCAAAGACUAAUUACAUUUCUAAGAAUGUGAAAUCAUUCAAACCAAAAACCGAAGAGGAAGAAGAUGACAAAAUAAGUUCGUAUUUGUCAAAUUAUAAAAAGAAACAUACGAAUGACAAUGAUGAUGACGAUAGAAACUCUAUCGAUGGACAUUUAAGUAUUCCAGAGAACACUGGAAAGCCGAAACAGCUUCUCGGUGGAGGUUACCAUGGCAAAAAUCCUGUAGCCGAAAAUCCCUACAAUAAAUAUGUUUAUGACUUCGACCCUCUUGACGCACUAGACCAUGAAGACAGUCCAGAACCUGAACCGGAAGUUGUCAAUAAAAAAGGGUAUAAAGGAAUUUUCAACAGACGUAAAGAAGACAAAGGAGCGAAUGAAAAGCUUUGGGCAACCAGUAUCAAGGCUAAAUAAUAGUUUUUCACUUCUAUGGACAACUUGUGUUUAGGCUUUGUUGCAGUAUAAUACUAUCUAAUAACGGUAUUAAGCAUGAUAACUUUCAAGAAGUAAAACAUUCUCAGUAAUUUCCAUUUACUUUAUUAUUUGAAUGUAUUUUUUCGAUCAAAAACGUACUGAGUAUAUAUCCUCAUAUUUUGUACAGCAACAUAAUACAGUUAAUUUAUCUGAAUUUAUGUCGAAUACACAAAAAACAGUCCUCCUGGCUAGUGACUUCUGUAACCCGUCUCCUUGUUUUGUAUAUAUUGUUGUUAUCUCUGUAUGAUGUAAUCCAUUUGCUUUAUGAGAAAACAGAUAUAUAAUUAAUAUGAACAAAACCUACCGAUAGGAUCAUAAUACACAUUUUUUGGAGUUUAUCUCGAGUUCAUAAAGUUUCAGACUCUCUAUUAUCUGUACAUGAUUCAUUCGUUGUAUUUGUCUAGAGUUUCGCCGGUCGGUGUUGAUGUUAUUGUUAUCGUUGUGUUGUUAUGUCAUUGACCUCUAUUUUAAAGUAAAUUGUACAUGAAUAUGCAAUAAACAAAAGUUCGAAAUGUUAAA